AUGCUAUGUAAUAUCACGUCCACAUGCCGUUUACCCUUAAGCCAGGCCAUAUCUCACGGACAGUUUGAUAAAGAAGAAAGAUAUAUAGUUGAAGACGUGGAUACGUGCGGCAGUUUCUGUGCAACAAGUCAAUGCCAUAAAAGUGAAAUGAAAGUGUGUAUGUUCUGGGUUUGUCUGCUAUUUGCAAUAACUGCGUUAUUGGAAGUGGGAGUGGAUGACGUGCUUAACAACCUCAAGCUGCUUCAAAGCCUGAAUGUGCUAAGCCCAGUGCAACAAACCAACAUAAACAAACCUUACACAUAUAAAUACUAA